UUUUAUCUCAAUACCAGUAAUUCACGCUCCUUACCACCGCGUGAAUACUACUUCCACCCCAAGGUACAACAACGUGAUGCGGUGAUUCUCGAAAUUAUACCCCGAAAAACACAGGGAGAGAGAGAGAGAGAGAGAGAGAGAGAAAGAGAGGGAGGGAUUCUUCUUCUGGGUUUCUAUCUAUUUUGGAUUUGAAGGGACUAUAAAACCGUUAAAGGAUAUCGAUUACAUGGACACGAAUCAGGUGUUAGAUGUUUCUGACACUCCUGAUAGAUUGGCUAAACAGAAUAUGAACAGCAGAGGCUUCAUUGAAAAACAAAGUGAUUCUGCAGUGGCAAGUCAUUCAGGAAAAACUGAUUUUUUGGAUGAAGGGGCUAGUUGGCUAAGAGGCAGGAGUAAACUUGUGGUUGAUGAUGGGCGUAGCAGAAGGCCGUCUUUGCAACCAGUGAAAAAACCUAACUCUGAACUCGAUUUCACGAAUUCAUCAUCUUCUAAAAAAUUGUUUAGGAGAAUGGAAGUAGACAAAAUUGGCAAUGAUGAGAACAAAAGUUCUUUACACUGGCAAAGUAAAGAAGGGAAAGGAAAAGCUCUAUGGACUUCUACCUCCAGAGGAAAUGAUGUAGUUGACUUGACGAAGCAGAGUGGGCCUGCUGAAGUACUGAAAAAAGCAUUCCCAAAUGGAGCAUCAGAGCGUUGUCAAACCGGAGAAAUAAGAAAAGGACCAAUAUCAGUUAAUGGGUUCUCUCCUUUACACGGCAUAGCAAAUUCUUCAACUAUGGCCCACAAUGCUUACAAAGGAAAAGAAAGAAUGGAUGCUACAUGCAUAGGAGGUUCAGGUAAUGAUCGUGGAAAAGGUAUCUCUGUUGAUUCUGUACCUAACGUUGGAAAGAGUCUCGUUUCUAUUCCCUCACCUAGAGUCCGUGGGCCAAAACGAUUGGUGAGAAAUGGUUGUAUCUCUCCACAUAUUACUGAGAAGGCCAAUCAGUUAGCUGGAAAUCGCAGUAAUGGUUCGACAGAUGUACAGAUUGAUAAUGGAGCUCUGGAGUCUGAUUUCUCAUCCAGUUUGAUUAGGGAGUUGGUUUCUGAAGACAAUAGUUCUCAAAGAAAGUUUUUUCCUUCAAAAGAGCCUGCUACAGAAACCACGAGGCAUUCAUUGACUAGCAAUGAAGAGGUCAGUGGAACUUGCAAUGCCAAUGGGUGGCGAAGUACUCGUAACCACACAAAGCAAGUAAAUCCCUCCUUAUCUGAUCAGGGUCAACUUCUUUCCCGAACACAAAAUGACCAAUCCUCUGUCAACCUACAAAACGAAAACAGUAUGGUGAGAAGAGAUAAUGGGAGCAGAAGUAGGAACUGGCCCGGUGAUGUCUAUGAUGUUUGUAAUGAGAAUGGGCCAAGUGCUGCAGCAAGAACUUCUAGUAAAAGGCAGAAGCACAACUCUGCCUCCAGUAAUCACAGUGAAACCUCAACCUCUGUAGACUCGGAAAUAAUGUUUCUUGGCUCAUCGGUGGAGCCAUCAAAUUCAAGGUCUACCAGGAGCAGGAAUAGUCAUAGCAUUUUGAAUCCGAUUAUUGAAAUUGAGGAAUUCUCUCCCGUAAUAACGCGUGGAUCCCGCAACAGACUUCAUGGUACUAGUAAUUCUGACUCACAUGCUAGGGAAAUACAGUUAGAAACUGACGAGAUGUUGGCCCGUGAGCUCCAAGAAAAAUUAUAUAACGAGGCGCCAGGCGUUGGAAAUGGAGAGAUUGAUGCACAUAUAGCUUUGGCGUUGCAGCAGGAGGAAACUUCACAGCGCACAUUUUCUAAUAGAGGCCCUGUAAUUUCAAAUUCCAGUAGACAGUCUCACACUCGAUCUUCUCAAAACCCUACAAUUCGCAGAGGCACCCAGGCUCGAGGUCGUGGCUCAACUAGAUUGACAAGGUCGAGGAGUCGUUUACCCAGCCAAUCAAUUAGAACACCACAUAGGGGAAGAAGGUCUAUUUUUCCUCCAGACAUGGAUGUUGACAUGAGAAUGCAUAUAUUGGAAGCUUUAGAGGCCUUCAGCGAUAUGGGAGUGACUGGUAACUUCCGUCAAGCUCAGAAUGCUUUCAACGAAAAUGAUUACGAAACAUUAUUGGCCCUCGACGAGAAUAAUCACCUGCAUGGUGGUGCAUCUCUUGAUCGAAUUAACAUGUUACCACAGUCAACAGUUCAGGGUAACAAUUUUGAUGAAACAUGUGCAAUUUGUCUUGACACCCCAACCACUGGGGACACAAUACGCCAUCUCCCUUGCUUGCAUAAAUUUCACAAAGAUUGCAUUGAUCCAUGGCUCAGAAGAAGAACGUCAUGCCCGGUGUGCAAGUGCUCUAUCACUUGAUUAUUAGCAACCAGUAACUUUUUGGUUCAUGUUUUGUUGUAUCGCAUGACACAAAAUUCGUGAGCAGUAGUAUUCGAGGUUUCUAGGUAAAAUCAUGAACGCACUUCUUUCAGGGCCUCGACAUUGAUGGAUUCUUCCUUGAAGGUCCACCCUUGCUUUAGUUUCUCUUUUUCUUCUAGGUGUUAUUACAGACUAAUUAAAAUCUCCCCUAGUAGUUAGCUGAUAAUGGUAUGCAUUAUACUUUACAUUAUGGUAUUGAACCGCACCAAGUCCACGUAUUUCAGAGCUAUCUCCGAUUCCUACUAAUUAAGCACCCCAUCAAGUGCGGGACUUGGCUAGCAGUUCUUGGGAACCAGACUGUAUAAACAAGCCUCAACUUUCGUGAUUUUCUGUGGGGUGUUGGUGGGGCUGGUAUUUUGGGGCCUCUUGUGGCAAGAGAACUCUCUCAAUUGGUCAUGAUGUCGGAAAUUUCUUCCUUUUCCUGUUUCGCAGCCGCAUCGGUUGAGAAGCAAGGGUUGCCUUUUGUUGUCCAGCUGCAUGUAUUACAGUACUACAAUUGGUUUCUUUUCUAAACUUAUGAAGGCUGUGCUUGGAUCAUGGAUAUCUGAAAUGAUGUACUGAUGGAAAUUGAAAUUAUUGAGAGCCAAAGAUACGAAUUCGGUAUCUACACUUCA